AUGGCGCAUCUCUUCAACCUCAGCGGACAGACGGCCCUGGUGACGGGUGCAGCCGGCGGCAUUGGGCAAGCCAUGGCUCUUGCGCUGACCGAAGCAGGCGCUGACAUUAUUCUUAUUGUGAGAAACACUGCCCAGCGCGAGACACACGACGCCAUCUUAAAACACGGCCGCCAGUGCUGGAUCUUUGCAUGCGACCUGGGCAUUGGCGAAGCCGUGUCCGAAGUCAUCAACAACAUCCUGCGAUCCCACAAAUUCGAGAUCCUUGUCAACGCCGCGGGCAUUCAGCGCCGUGCGGAUGCGGCGGAGUACACGCAGGAACUGUACAACGAGGUGAUGCAAGUCAAUGUGAACUCGCCCUUCGCCAUCUCCCGUGAGGUUGGUAAGAAGUGGAUCGCAGACGGAACUCCAGGCAGAAUCAUCAACGUCGCCAGUCUCGCCUCUUACCAAGGCGGCGUGAGGAUGGCUGGAUACUCGGUGAGCAAGGGCGGGGUCGCCAUGUUGACCAAGGCCCUGUCGAACGAAUGGGCUAAGCAUGGCAUUCGUGUGAACGGCAUUGCGCCAGGGUACAUUUCGACCAACAUGAACGUCGAUGUCCGGACGAACGCAGAUUCGGCUCUGUUCGAUUCGAUAUCGCAAAGGAUCCCAAGCGGCCGAUGGGGAGAUCCCAAGGACUUUCAAGCAGCCAUCAUCUUCCUCGCCUCGAAACCGGCGACUGCAUACCUGACAGGCGAGAUCAUUGCGAUCGACGGCGGUUGGCUGGCUCGAUAG